AUGUCUGAAGAUGGGGAUGAUGACCGUGAUGAUAAUCUGCCACCAAGACCGUUAAUAAGAGAGUUGGGCCGCCACAAGAGAAAUCAUCCGCUAUGCAUUGUGUUGCCCACGAUUAAUCAAAAUGCUGAAAUCAGGCCUGACUUCAUUCAAGUUCUUCCAAAAUUCAGCAACUCGCUUGGAGAGAGUGCACAUAAACAUCUUGCUGAAUUUGAUUUAGUUUGCAUUACUUUACGCCCUCAAGGUUUUUCUGAAGAUCAUUUAAGAUUACUAACUUUUCCUCAUACAUUGCAGGGUAGAGCUCGAGAUUGGUUGUUUGAUCUAUCACCUGGAUCAAUAAGAACUUGGAACGACUUAGAGGAGCAGUUCUUGCGUAAAUUCUUUCCAGAAUCAAAGGCUGCAAAUCUAAGAAUAGCUAUUAGUAGCAUCAAGCAGAGGCAACAAGAGUGUUUGUCUGAUUAUUGGGAGAGAUUUCAACAAUUAUGUCAUAGAUGUCCUAACCACGGAUUUUCUGAUUAUCAGUUGCUCAUUAAUUAUUUUUAUCGUGGUAUGUCUUCUUUUGACAGGAGGAUUGUUGAUGCUGCUUGUGGAGGAAGUUUGACCAACAAGACCUUAGAUGAAGCAAAACAAUUGAUUUUUGAUAUGGUCACCAAUGGUCAACAAUAUGAGGAUGAGGAUGAUGAUAGGUACAGGCCGGUCAACAGAGCAGAAGAUGUAUGUGUGAAUGAGAAACUCGAUGCUCUAACUUCCUUAGUUAGAGGCCUGGUUGGAGCUCAAAUUCAGAAGGAUAAUCAUCCAAAUCUCAGCUGGAAUCAUUCGCCUGAAUUUUUCACCAGCGCACAGCCGCAGGCUGGGCGGUAUGCCCAUACCGACCGCCCAGAGCCCAGUAUGAGCGAUAUUCUUCAGAGUCUGGCACAGAGCAGCCAGAUUGUUAACAAUUUGGUGCAAAGUCAACAAGCUUUCCAGCAAGAGACGCAAGCUGCGUUGGGUAGUAUGGGCACACAGAUCACUCUGCUCACCACUCAAGUGAACAAGUUGCAAGCAAAUCUUGAAAAACUUCCAUCUCAAGAAGAAGUAAAUUCCAAGGAGUAUGUUUAUGCUAUGAAUUUAAUGAGUGAUGAAGAUUUCUUUGAUCCAAAGCCCAUGGAAGAUCAAAAGGAGAAGGAAGAGCAAGAAAGUGCUCAGAAUGAUGAAGUUGUCGAAGAGGCACAACAAUAUGAAAAUCUCUCUUCUUCCGAGGUAAGUGUUGAAUCUGAAAUUUAUAAUUCUAAAGCACUAAUUCCUCUCACUUUUCCUUUCAGUUUGGCUCAACGUAAGAAUGGAAAUGAGGAAAAUGAGAUUCUGGAAAUAUUCAAGAAGGAUAAAGAAGCACCACCAGAAUGUUAUGCUGAAAUUCAAGGGUGUAAAAUGCAGCUGAACCCCACCAAUGAUGUUCUCACUCAGCAUCUGUCACGCGGUAUGCCCAUACCGACCAGCACUGGACAGAUUGUGCCUUCGAUUGUGAAACUGCCAAAGCGAAAAUUGAAACCACCUGAUGAUUGA